AUGGCUGCAUCAUCUCUCAGACGUAUUGCUGUCGUUACUGGGGCUGCUCAAGGCAUUGGGCGCAGCAUUGCUCUUCGUCUAUCCAAGGACGGUCUCAGCGUCGCCGUGAACGACGUGCCAUCGAAGCGUAAACAGCUGGAAGAGGUCGUAUCCGACAUUACGUGCAGAGACGGUCGACAGGCAAUCGCGGAUGAAGUCCAGGCCAUGACAGCAAAUGUCGUCGAACAGCUCGGAGGACUGGAUGUGAUGGUUGCCAAUACCGCGAUAUGCCAUUGCGCGGAACUUGCUGAUUACUGGGAUAAGAUCAUGAUGGUUAACCUCCGGGGUACCAUGCUCUCCUACAGAUAUGCAGCGCUGCAGAUGAUUCAGCAAGGGCUCAGUAGUAUUUCGGCAUAUGCAGCAUCAAAGUUCGGUGUCAGAGGCUUGACACAGUGCGCAGCGCUAGAGCUAGUGAAGCACAACAUUGCCCUGCUCGGCUUACCGCCUUCUCGUACACCACCUCCCGCAAACCCUGAUGUCAUCGCCAGCCUGGUCUCGUACUUGCCGAAACCCGAGGCCUACUUCAUCACAGGGCAAACAAUCUCAGUGGAUGGUGGGCUCACUUUCGACUGA